GUGUGUGUGUGUGUGUGUGUGUGUGUACUGAAGCGUCAUUCUCCUCCUUUCUUCUUUUCAGUGAACGCGCAUCACUUGUGAGAAACGAAGAGCUUGGCUUGUUGAGAGACCCAGAAGUUUCUCGGCUCGGCACGGCACGGCACGCUCUCCCGCGAAUUUCUUCGGUUCCUCCACCCUCCCGGUUUCAUUUUUUUUUAUCCUCAUCCUCACUUUCUUUUUUUCCCAGACUCGAGGUUUCAGUCGGGGUGUGCGCUGCUCGACACUGGGCGUAGCUGGGAGAGGAUUUUGCUAGCUCGCCGCUGCACUGAUUGACUGACCAGACCCUGCUGUCUCCACAACGCCUGUAGACCUGUGGCCACCUUGUGAGACUGAAGUCAGCCCUGCUGUGCAGAGACGGACCACUACCACUCAAGGGGAGAUGAAGCCGGAUGGGGUUUCCACGGCAGCGCUGGGGCCAAUGGAAACAUUGGAAUCCAACCUAGUAAAUGAGGCAGCACCAGCCGUAGGACAGGAGCCCAACCAGGCAGCCAGUCCGGCGGAGGAGGGGAUGCCACAGCAGCCCGUAGGAGAGCCUGGUCAGCUGGAGCCCCAGCCAGACCAGACCAAGGAAACCCCCGCUGCAAAGCCCUGUAACGAGCCUUCGGGAGACUCCAAAGCCAAGACUACCAACAAGGCCACGGCCAAGACAAAGCCUGGCCCCACCAGCCCAACCAAGACCGCAUCGCGGCCCAACACGUCCCAGAGCCGCCUCUCAAACGGCACGUCCAAGCCCCAGACCAACGGAGUGGCUAAGAAGACCGCGCCUGCUGCUGCUGCUGCGGUCAAAAAGAGCACCCAGACGCCAGCUCUGUCCAAAAAACCAACAACCACGACCACGGUCCCAGCCUCCAAGAGCAAAGUGGGUGAGAAGAAAGCCACAGGGGCCGCCACCGCCCCUGCCACCAAUGGCGCAAAGUCGAUGACCGGAACAACGGCAGCCAAGAAGACCGCACCCGCAACUGCUAAUGGUGUCAAAACCAGCACCAGCAGCUCUGCAGCUGCUGCUAAAAAGGCCCCAGCUCCCAAGACUGCCUCUGCAACUCCCACCAAGCCUAGCUCUGCUGCCUCGCCCAAGCCCGCAGUUUCCAAGACAACCAGGCCUCCAAUUGGCUCGGCACCAUCAUCUCGUCCUGCCACAGGUGCGACCCGGCCGCCCACUGGCAGCGCAGCCAAGAGCUCCCCAGCUGCAGCCAAACCUGCUGCCCCUAAAAACCCCUACACCGCCUCCGUCAAGCCGGCCGCCUCCAAACUUACCUCCACUACCCCAUCUGGUGGCAAACCUCCAGCGUCACAAACAUCCAGAAAUGUAACCCCUGUGAAGAAAGAUGUUACCAAACCAGCCACUUCAGCAUCCAAAAAGCCUGCAGAUUCCCCCCUUACUCGCCCUUCCGCUGCAAUGAAGUCGGCAAAACCUGACACCCCCAAAUCAGCCUCAAAAUCAGACGUUGCCUCCAAAAAGCCUGCUGCGAGUAAGGCUGCAGAUACAAAGACACCCACCCGCUCCAAAACAGACAGUAAGCCCACACCUUCCAAGACCCCUGGCUCCAAAACAGCUUCAGCCAAGGCCUCCACCCCCAAGAAAACUGUGGGCAGCAGCACCCCAACUCCAGUGAAACGUGGCCCCAAAGCUGAAAAUGUUGCAGAAGCAGGAAAGGAAAUAGCUGCUGCUGUAGCUACCGCGGCGGCCAUCGCUACUGCAGCAGCUACCAUCGCCGGACCAGAGGUACCAGAACCAGAACCAGAAGCUGUGGAGAAAUCCGCUGCAGAUGAUGCACCAGAACUGAUCUCCAGCCAGACAGAAGCAGUCCAAGAGAAAACUUCAGACCCCACACCAGAACCAGUGUUGGAACUAACACCAGAGCCUGUUCGGGAACUAACACCAGAACCUGUACGGGAACUAACUCCAGAACCUGUACGGGAACUAACUCCAGAGCCUGUUCGGGAACCGACACCAGAACCUGUACGGGAACUAACUCCAGAGCCUGUUCGGGAACUAACUCCAGAGCCUGUUCGGGAACUAACUCCAGAGCCUGUUCGGGAACCGACACCAGAACCUGUACGGGAACUAACUCCAGAGCCUGUUCGGGAACCAAGUCCAGACCAACUACGAGAAACAUCUCCCGAGCCUCUCCCAGAGCCGCUGUCUCAGUCAUCAGCGGAUCCUGAUCUCGGAGCUGAACCAGUGUAUGAAGACGAGUCCAGCGCUCAGCUGUCGGCUCAGCUGGACCUCUUCACGUUCCAGGACUCUGCCAGGGACUCCCUGGGAACUACGGUCAUGUCUCCUCCUUGCUCUCCACAGGGCCCAGUUUCCCCCGUCAGAGACAGGAACCUGUCUGACUUUGCUCCCCAGAGCCUCGUCAACGCGAUAAACUUCGACACCGAAGAGGAAACGGAGAAGAAAAACCAGUUUGAGGCUCAGAAGACCAGGGAGGAGGAAGAGGAGGAGGACGAAGAAGAAGAAGAAGAAGAAGAAGAAGAGAAGGAUAACUUGUGUAUGCCUGCCUCCACAGCUCCAUCUGCAGAGGCCUAUAACAUGAUGACACAUCCUCACGAUUUCCCCCCAAGGGACCUGAUGUCCCCGCACGAAAAGGAGAAAGAGGAGGCCGUGGAGAAGGCUGACGAAGAGAUAAACGAGGACCACGAUGACGAGCCCUAUGACGAGGACUACGAAGACGAGGAGCAGAGGAGGCUAGGCCACCAGCCGCUGUCCUUCGCCACCGACAUGAGCACGUCUCAGCCCUCCGAGGAGCUCCAGGCCAGGGCCUUCGGCGGCUCGGCAGGUUGGCACGGCGACGACCAGCUGUCCGGCAUGGACUCGGAGGACGUGAGCAGCUGCGGCAGCAGCAGCCGGCAGCACGGUGUGUCGGACCUGAGCAGCACGCAGCACACGGCGCUGCUGGAGGGCACCCAGAGCUCGGACGCCCUCGUGGGAGACGCGAACGUCAUGGGCUCGCCCAACGUGGAAACGCUGGCCAACGAGGAAGAGGAAGACGAGGAAGACGAGGACGAGCGGGUGGACGAUAUGGACCUGAGUUCAGAGAGAGUGGAGGAGCAUCACAAGGUGUUCCAGCAGCGGGAGCGAUACGAAGACGACGAAGACGAAGACGUAGAGAUGCACAGCGAAGGAGUGACCGAGAGCGCCGGGAACGUAGACGACGACGACUUCAACGAGGAGGAGCGUUUAGACAACCUAAACCGCGCCGGUCCUCAGCCCUGCGCCCCCCUUGCCUCCUCCUGGGACCAGACCAACCCCUUCUGUGACCCCUGGGCUCAACCGGCCUCGCCGCUCGCCACCGCGGCGGCCUCCUCCCCCAGCCCAGUCUCUGACCACGGCGCGGCCGAGUCCGAGACGCCCAUCCUGUCUCCCGCCCUGGCACGCUUGGACGCCGGCGCGCCUUCCUUCGCUCCUCAGUCAGAGCGCGAGUCGGCACACGACGAGCCCUACGAGGAGGCUGACGAGGCUCGCGUCCUGUUCGCUGCUGGCCCCGCUGUCGGCUCGUCCCAGCCCGGCGCCGCCACCGCCGGCGCCGCUGCUCCGGGCGCCCACCACAGCGGCAGCGAGACGAGCACGCCGGAGGAGCUCCGCGACUACGACAGCAGCUCUGGCGUGGAGUCCCGUUCCGACAAACAGCAGACCCCGGUGCCGGCCUCGCUCCAGCCCGACGUGGAGCAGGACCUGGGGAUCCACCUGGAGAAAGGCGACGGAGAGGAGGAAGAGGCCGAGACGCUCCCGGCCGACGAGGUCCCGGGAACCGGACCUCCGACCGCGCCGGCGUCCGCGCCCACUUCCGCGUCCACCUCGGGCGACGAGGCCAGCGACACCGAGGGAGAGAUGCAGAUAAACGACCCCGACGCGGCGCCGGCGAUGAUAGACGACUGCGCCGGCUUCGACAGCCCCACGAAAACCCCCACCCGCAGUCUGCCGGCGCUCGAGGAAGACGACGAGGCCGCCGGGUACGCGCACGCCGGGUACGCCGAGGAAGACGGCGGCGGCACCACGCCGCAGUCGGCCAACUCCGUGGCGUCCUACGGCUUCGACUGCACCACGUCCAACUCCAACGCCCACUCCGUGGCCGAGAGCUGCGGGAAGAGCCCCGGUAUCUUCUCGCUGGAGAACGAAGAGCAGCUGCCAGACGAAGCCAAGGACCCCUCCCUCAUCAAGGAGCUCACGCUGCUGUCCGAGGCCAAGGACCCCUCCCUCAUCAAGCCCUACAUCAAGGAUCUGACGCUGCCGACCGACGCCAAGGACCCCUCCCUGACCAAGGAUCUGACGCUGGCCGCCCAGGCCGAGGACCUGCUGGGCAGACCGGUGGACCUGAUGCCUUUGGGACACCCUGGAGACAUCAAACCGAGCAGUCUAGACGAGCACCACUACAUGUUCGGGGGAAAGAUGGAGGCAGCAGACUACGCAGAGGACGACGAACCGUUGGAGCCCGGUCAGCGCCUCGUUGGCGUGGAAUCUGGAGAUCCCGGCGACAGCCAGCCGCCCUACUACUCCACCUCCACCAUAUGUGAUAAGACUGAUAGUUUUCUGGCAGGUAAUGUAUAAGUCCACUCCUAUUACCCCCCUGGAAUGCACCUUUACCCCCGCAACCUUCCCCCCUUCUGUUACCUGUUGUCUGUUUUCUCUCCAGUUGGGUUAGAUGGCUUAGAAGAAGAAAGGGGGGGAAAGAGGAGAGCAAGAUUGUAGAAAAAAUAUGGAGAUGGGGGACGAAAAAAAAUGAAAUGACUGUAGCAAUUUUUAAAUGAAGCCUCUCUCUUUCAUACUGUUACCGGUCAUGGUUAUGAGUGUAUGGCUUAAACUCCUUUUAUGUACAAUAGCUACUACCGAUUUCUAGUAGAAUGCUCUUUUUAAGUAACACUGCAUAUUUCUGUAGCCCCUGAAUUUGGGGUAUUGACAUUGACUGAUUGGUCCAACUGUGACUGAGCUUAUAAACCGACAAAAAAACAACAACAAAAAAAAAGAGGACAACACACACACAGAUGGAAUGAAAUGGACUCAAUGUGUAUUUAUCCUACUGUUUUUACCGAACAAAUGUCUGAACAGAAGAUUUUUUUGGUUUUGUAUUUGCUUACUUGUGUUUUUUUUUUCGUUUUUCUGUUGAAACCUGGUCCUCCCUACCGUGUGUACACUUCAUGUUCAACAGCACCUUAGCAGUAGUCACAUGCUCCUUUUUUUUAGCGCUCAAAAUAAGAACUAGAUAUGAAUUAACACGGCAGAUUUGUUGAGGUAGGUGUGGGAGUAUUAGAUUGCAGUUGGUGACGUUUUUUAAUGUGUGCUUCAAGAGGCUCUGAGCUCUCCGCAUCUACAGUAGGUCGUUAUAACGUAUAUAACGUGCAGUCGCGUACAGUAUGUGUUUCAGGCAUUUGGGUUUUUAAGUGGCUUCAAGCCUCAGUUAGCUGAUCAUUUGUGUUCCAGAAAAGACGUAACAACUAGCCUUUUUAUUGUGAUGAGACCCUGCAUUGUCCUACAGCGCUAUCACAGUUGAGCUUUACACUCGCUUAAAUCGUUUUCAUAGUGAGCGAUUGGCUUACUAUUUCAACAGUAUAUUGCAUGUUUAACUAACAUAAAGACUGUGUACUACCUUGAAUUUGAAACAAUUCUACACUAGACAUGUUCAUCAAUGAAUGGUUCACGCUAGGUUAUCUUUCAAAAUUCCAUUAAAACAUCAUUGCAAGGCA